AUGGCAACUAACCGCUGUGUUCUAAUGGUCUUACUGAUCUGCUCCGACUGUGCAUAUACAGGUGUCAAAGGAGAUGCCAUUCCCACUUUUUUCACCAGUGCUGGGGGGCAAGUAACCCUUCCCUGCACUAAUGUGCUUUCCGAAGACUGUUCCUCAACUACAUGGAUCUAUAAUAAUGGUGGAUAUAGCAGCGGAACUACUGAAGAGGUUGGCCAUGGACUAGUCAAACCAAAUUCGCCAACAAAUCGAUCAAAGAGACUUAGGGUGGCGUCUAACUGUUCUUUGAAUAUUGCUAACGCAACCGCUGAGGAUGUUGGACUUUACACAUGUCAACAGUUUCUGAUAGAAGGUGCACAACAAGAGGGAGACGAUGCUCCAGUAUAUCUAGCAGUUCUCCAAAUGUCAGCAUCAUCAGAAGUGACAGAAAUAGAGCCUGGUAGUGAAGUGACUCUCCAGUGCCUCCUGCUUACACAUGACAAGUGUAAAAGAACAGUGGAAAAUAAGCUGAAAAUAAGCUGGGUGGAUAAGGAAAACAGGGAGCUGCACAGGACUAGCAACCGUCAUAUACAAACUUCAUCUGUCUGUAACAUCACUAUUGCUGAGAAACCCGUAGAUCUAAAGCCUUCUGAGAGAUGGAGAUCAUGGACAUGCCGACUUACUGCAGAUGGGCAGGUCAAGGCUUCAACCACCUACAGCAUUCAAGUAAAAGCAUCAACUGAAAUACUGGAAGAUCGUACAGUCUUCAUCAUUGUAGGGGUUCUUGUUGCCUGCCUCUUGUCAACCAUUUUAGUGAUUGUGGUGAUCUGCAAAAAAAGAGCAAAUUCUGAAAGGAGGGCGCAAAACAAUGUUAAUGAGAUCAGACUAUGUGACAUGGCCAGCGAGUCUAACCAACCUUUUGCUAAUGACCAGAGCACAGACGACCUGCUUUAUGCAUCCAUUGAUGACCAUCUCAACCAAGAACAAAGCACAAACCAUGCCAGAAAGUCACCUGUAGACACUCAGAUGUACAGUUACCUCAUGCCGCCAUCUUCUGAUGAGACUGAGAACAGAGGGUCUGUUGACCAUGGUGGUCUCUAUGCAACUGUGCAAAAAUAAUAACGUGCAUAACACAUUCAAUAAACGGACACAGAUUGAAGAUA